UUAUGUACAUAAUAUUUCAUAUCAUUAAAUUGUUUAAUGAAUCGAUUUUCUUACUAAUCAUUUAUUGUUUCUUAAAAUAUAUUUUUCAAUAUUAUUCAGUAGCUAAUGAAAACAGGGAAUAACUUUUCUGAAACUGUUUAGUUGAUUUCGAUUAAACUUUGUCAUUGGAUAGGUCACUGCGAUGAAUGUGUUGAAAUAAAUCCGAUGAUAAAUCACUGCAUAUGAAAAAUGAUUCUGAACAGUGAAUGUAUAUCAACUUAAAUAUAGAUAUCUCUACAAUACAGAAGGUUAUUCUAAUUUAAAUUCAAAAAUUAAAAUUAAUUGGCGAUCCACUGAAGUUUGCUCAAUCAUCGAUUCAGAACUGCUAAAAAUCAAGACAUGUGUCUGUAGAUAAACUUGACAAAAUUCCAAAAUCUGUGUAUAGAAGACAGGACUGCAUCCCGAUAGUGUAUGUAACUGGUUCUCACUAUGAAGUUGGAUAUAUGAUCGGACAGACGUUCGGAAAAGUUAUACGAGAUUUUUUGGACGCAUACGAACCGCUGAAAGAAUAUUUGGAGAUUUAUGAAACGUCUGAGUAUGGCAGACGAGUGUAUAAUGAUUGUUUAGAAGCAACCAACAAGUAUUUUCCUCAAUACUUGAUCGAGCUCAAAGGAAUGGCCACCGGCGCUGACGUUCCGUUUCAUAAGCUUUUCCUCAUUCAUUUGGAUGACAUACUAAUUUCGAAUAUUCGGGAUACUAGUGUCGAUACGAGUACCGGGUGUUCUACCUUAAUGGUAAACAUACCAUGUAAGGGACAGUUUAUCGGGCACAAUGAAGACGCCCUGAGCGCGACGAUAAAUCGUUUUUAUAUUGUUAGCGCUCACAUCAAGCCGAAAGGCGAAGAAGGCGGUGGGGUAUUUCCAGUAAGAGAAGAGAAAUGGGAAGCAAUGACUUACGCCGGUUCGCUGUCUGGAUAUGCGAGUGGUUAUAAUUUCGAUGGAUUGGUGUUUACAAUCAAUACGAUAUUCGCGAAAAAACUCAACAAAAAAAAAAUACCUCGAGGGUUUCUGACGCGAGCUCUGUUAGCUUCUAAGGCCAACAUAAAUGAAAUUCAAGAAAUCCUGACCAAUUAUGGAGCUGGUACAGCGGACGCAUUUCAUGUUAAUGCCGGUUUCCUCGGCGGAAGUAGGAGUAGCCGAAUUUUUUAUUCAAUCGAAGUGACUCCGUUGGAAACCGAACCGAUGUCUGAAGUUAUCGUUGUGCCGAUAAAAACCGAAUCUACGUCCUUUUACACAAACAAAUUACAAUAUUCAGAUUGCGAGGAAUUAAAAGAAUCUGGUUGGCAAAGCAGCGUAGCCAGAGAAAAAACUUUGGAGGAAUUAAUGCUACAGAAACCAAUCACAAGCUUGUCAGACAUUUUGAGAAUAUUAGGAUCUACUCGAGGCGGAGAAUGGCAAAUUUUUAGGGACAGACCUAACGAUUUUGUUAACACUAUUAAUCUCGGCGUUUUCGAUUUUACGGAAAAAACGUGGACGAUAUGGACAAAUAAUCCAUUGACUAAUCCUCCUAUUUUACGAUUAUCAUUAAAAUUCACGACUUUCAUCAGCCCUACUACGGAUUUGGGAUAUGAGAACCAAUCCUGUGUUCGAAGAAUUCUAUCAGAUGUUUCUGAUAUUUAUAAAAAUAGUUUAGAGAAGUUUAAAAAUAUGUUUGACAUAACAUUAAAUUAAUAUAAAUUUAAAAUUUGAGUAUUACAAAGACAAUAUAUUUUUAAUAUUUAAUAAUUAUUGAACUAUAAUAUUAUAUGGCUAAUUAUAAUCUAUUGACUAAUUGUUUUUAAUUUCGGAUAUUUAUAUUUUGCUUCUAAAUAAAAAUUUCUGCAUGAUAUAAAUUAUUUUUUUUAUUGUUAACGGACUUAGGUCCAAUUACAAAGUAAAAUUCAGUAUUAGAUUCAAAACAAAACUAAUAACUAAGUUACAAGUUGUACUAAAUAAAAAGAUUAGGAUAUAACAUAGUAUAAUAAAUUAGUCAUAACAAUACUAUUUUAUUUUAAUAAUUAAUUAGAGAGUUAAGUAUGUAACUGAGGGAUGAAGAGUUAUAUAAAAUAAACGGAAGUCUCUAAUAUUAUGAGCAUUAAUUUUAAAGCUUAUAAGACUUAAUAUAUAAGAAUCAUCAAU